AUGUCCAUUUCCGAGACUGCCAUGAGUGUAGAGUCCUUAGAUUCGUCCGGUCGCAAUAGCCCCGAUUCCGGGAUGGGGCGCAGCUUAGACGAACAGCUUCUUGACGACUUGUCGUCGCUGGAUUUGGCGCAGAAUUUGAAUGAAAAUGAGAUUGGCGAAGAGACGGAAGGUAUUGCCGAGAACAAGAAAUUGACCAAGGGGUAUCGACGAAGACAGCGGAGAAAUCGCGCCAAGCAAAGAGUAAGUUGGGAUGUCCUGUAAGUGUAGGUUGGUUACUGUAACAAGAGUUUUGAGAAGGGUUGAAAUUUUGGUUACUGUAACAGGAAUUUUUGAAAUGAUUGAAAUUUGGGUUAUUGUAGCACAAAUUUCGAAAUUUGGGUUACUGUAACAAUAGUUUCUGAAAUGGUUAAACUUUGGGUCACUGUAACAAAAAUUUCAUUAUUUGGGUUACUGUAACAAAAAUUUCAGUAUAUGGGUUACUGUAACAAGAAUUUUUGAAAGGGUUGAGGUUUUGGUUACUGUAACAGAAAUAUCGAAAUUUGGGUUACUGUAACAAGAGUUUCUGAAAUGGUUAAACUUUGGGUUACUGUAACAAAAAUUUCGAUAUUUGGAUUACUGUAACAUGAAUUUUUUAAAAUGCUAAAAUCUUCGGUUACUGUAACAAGAGUUUGUGCAGAAUUUGAAAUUUGGGUUACUGUAACAAGAAUUUUUGAAAGCGAAAAAAAAAUUUGGCUACUGUACCAAAAAUUUGACAGUUUGGGUUAGCGUAAUAAAAAAAAUUUCAAUUCUCAAAGUUUCGGUUACUGUAACAAGUUUUCAUUGAAAUCUCGAACAGCUUUAUUCGGUUUGUAAUUUUCUUUUUUUUUGGCAAAAUAAACACCAAUUGCUUUUGCUUAUUACUAAUACAUUUUGGGUAAGUUCUGGGUGGCAAAAUGAGUAUGGUUCAGAGAGGAGUGGAAAUACGUGCAACUGCAUUUAAAAGCACCUGAGAACAAAUUGGAACUGAGAUUGGACUCUUAG